CCGUGUAAACGUAGACAUUGACAAAUUACUCAACUGUUGUGCAACUGUUGAGUCUACUGAAUGCAGCCAAUGGAAAGAAGAAAUAUGUAGUGUUCUCGCACCGAUCUCACGUAAAAAGAGAAUAGUUGUUUGUACGCGCUAUUUAUUAAUAUUUAUAUUUAUAACAAAUACAAUAUAAAGUCCCGGCCUAACCGCCGUCACGACAAGACAUGUUCGAACAAGUUCGGACCUUGUGAUUUUUUUUGGAUCGUGUCUUGAAAAUUUCCAAGACUUUUCUCUCGAAUUAUAUCAUUAAUCGGAAACUGGCGUUGGGGCAUUACUCUUAGAGAGGCCUGUAGCCAAAUAUUGAAGGAAGGAAGGAAGGAAGGAAGGAACAAAUACAAUAUAACGACAAGUAUAAUAUAACGUUUGCGUAAACUUUACAAAUACCAUGCUCGCGUUAAGAGAUUAUGGUAGCAGCGACGAGGAUAGUGAGCAUGAGAGUGAAAAAUCUUCCACAAAUGUCGAGGAUGAAGAAGUUAAGCAUAGCACAAACACCGAUUUUACAUCUGAACCGUUCGCCGUUGAUAAAUUCAAGACUCCCAUUAGUUUGCAAAUCUGUUCUGCGCCUGAUGUUGUGCCUACUGGAACAGAAUUAUGCGUGAGGCAUGUAGAUUCCACCACAAAGGAACUUAUGUACAAUCCAAAGUAUGAGGAGCUCUUUGCACCAGAUGUAGGACCAGAGAAUCCAUUCAAGACCCAACAGCAGCGUGCUAUCAAGAAUAUGCUGUCUGGAUAUGUGGAACGUGCACACAUUAGCGAAUUCCAAUUUGAAAAUCAGAGAAGAACAUUUGCUAGUUAUGGAUACGCAUUAGAUCCAACGGUGGAUGGUAGUGCAGAAGAGGGUAAAAUUAUAAUUGGCGCGAAAGAAGCAGCAGAAGAAUCUGGCGGUAAGACUGUCUUUGAGAAUACUGCGUUGAGACCGUCAGAUAAAAGGAAACGGCACAGAAACAACAAUCCCGCGGAUAUAGAAGGUUUUUUGGGGCCAUGGGGUGGAUAUAUAGAUGAGAAGCGAGUCGUGAAGCCAAGCGAGGAGGAAGCUGCUGAGUUGGAGGAAAUAUUGGCUAAACGUAACAAACGAGGCAAACAGACGGAAGAAAAGCCGCUAGAAGAGAAGACUGUGUUACAUAUCAAAGACAGUGUGGAUUAUCAGGGACGUUCAUUCUUGCACGCGCCGCAGGAUGUCGGUGUAAAUCUCAGGUCAGAAUCGCCACCCGACCGCUGCUUCUUACCUAAAGCGCAAAUUCAUACAUGGGAGGGCCACACGAAGGGCAUCUCGCAGAUCCGCUGGUUUCCUCGUACCGCGCACUUAUUAUUGUCUUGCAGUAUGGACUGCAGAGUGAAGUUGUGGGAGGUAUACAAAGACAGAAGAUGCGUUCGUACAUAUUACGGACAUAGGCAGGCAGUGCGCGAUAUAAGCUUCGACAACGAUGGCAAACGAUUCUUAUCUGCGGCGUAUGACCGCUAUGUGAAACUGUGGGACACAGAAACUGGAGCUUGCAUCAGUCGUUUCACGAGCAGGAAGAUCCCGUACUGUGCCAAAUUCAAUCCCGAUCCAGAUAAGCAGCAUCUCUUCGUGGCUGGCACCAGUGAUAAGAAAAUCAUUUGUUGGGAUAUACGUUCCGGUGAAAUAACACAGGAGUACGACAGACAUUUAGGCGCUGUGAACACCAUCACAUUUGUGGAUGAAAAUCGCAGAUUCGUGACCACAUCGGACGACAAAAGUCUUCGCGUUUGGGAAUGGGAUAUUCCAGUCGAUAUGAAAUAUAUUGCUGAUCCUUCAAUGCAUUCGAUGCCGGCUGUAACACCGUCCCGCAAUCAGAAGUGGCUCGCGUGUCAGAGUAUGGAUAAUAAGAUUGUCAUUUUCUCGGCGCUGAAUCGAUUCAAAAUGAACCGAAAAAAGACAUUCACCGGGCAUAUGGUUGCCGGAUACGCGUGCGGCUUGGAUUUCUCCCCGGAUAUGAGCUAUUUGGUAUCAGGUGACGCAGAUGGCAAAUGUUACAUAUGGGAUUGGAAGACUACAAAAUUAUAUAAAAAGUGGAAAGCGCACGACGGAGUGUGCAUCGACGUGCUGUGGCAUCCGCACGAACCUUCCAGACUCGCCACAGCUGGAUGGGACGGCAAAAUCAAAUAUUGGGACUGAACGAUCGGUUGUAACGCUCUGUAUAUAUUUAGUGUAUCGUUUAAAGAAGAUAUGGAUGUUGUAAAAAAGAAACAAAGUACGAAUGUCUUUUUAUAUCUAUAAAUUAUGAAAUUAUUUUAAACGGA